AUGGAUAAACUCCACAUGAUUAAAAAUUACUUUCGGCAGCGGGUGGAUCAACACCGGGCUCACCUGGACAGUGUUGUUGAGAAGGAAUUGGGGGGCGGACACCAGCGCCAAUCCGCACAAAGGCUUGCUCGAGCGCAUGAGCACCUGCUUAGUGAGCGGGAGCGAAGCGAGUUGCGGCGCAGGAAGCUUGAGGCCGAUAUGGAGCGCAAACAUUCCAAGAGUGAGGCAUUGCGCGUAUCACGCGGGCAAGCAGUCCAAGUGAAGAACGAGAAGUUGUGGCGUCACCACCAGCAACGUCGAGCUCUUCGUGAGAGAAUUCAACAGGUUCGUAACGACUUUAACGAGACUAUCCAAACACAAGUCAUGCUGCAGGACAUGGAGGACAAGAUGACACGCCUGGUAAAGGACGAAAUUGUGUCUUUCCGCCGGCAGGAGAUCGGACACCUUGCGCAGCGACUAAGCCGGGAACGACAGCAGAGGGAGGAGGCUGCCAUUCAGGCCGCGAAGUUGAAUGAACGGAAAACCAUACAACGUGAGCGUCGCUUACAGCAUGCGAAGGAGGAGGAAGAGCGCCGAAAACGACAUGCGAUGCAGAAUCAACUUGACAUGCAGCAGAGAGAGCGGCGGGUGGUGGAGCGCUUGGAGACGGCGAGAGAGCAACAAAAGCGAAGGAUAAUGCGGGAACUUGUGGGGGUGGAAGCCUCUUUGCGAAAGUUGCCGCUGUAUGAGCACUGUGCCGGACGAGCCUCCCGUGCGAAUAGGUGCGAUGAGCAGCUCAGCGAACCGCUCGUGCUUACAAGUGGGAAAAAGGCGUAUACGCGGAUUUUGUCUGAGUCAUCCUUGCGUGGGUUGUUUGAGUACCACACGACGAAACCGCGCGCCAGGUCGCCAUACCCAUACGCUACGCCCAAGCGGUAA